AGCUAGUUGACUUGAGCCUGCAGUGAAUCGGUUUCACCGCUGUAACGGAAGAGAUAAGGGAUAGAAGAGCAAGGUAGAGCAGAGUUUUCUCAAAACACCAUAGCUGGUGUCGAUUCCUGGUGUUUGAACUGCUACUUUCAGUUUGCCCCUUUGAAGUCACUUCCGCUUUGGGCGGAUACAAGCCAAACGUGUGGCGGGAGUUGGAGAUUCUUCAGCGAAUACACCAGGAUCAUCAUGCCCAGAGUUCAUAACAUAAAAAAGCCUCUUACAUCUCAGAUUUCUUGUUUGACAAGUGAAUCUUAUGAACAGCUUGAUUUUUUGCCUGAUAAACUAAGAGCAAAGCUGCUUCCUUUUCAGAAAGAAGGCAUCACUUUUGCCCUUAAAAGAGAUGGCAGGUGCAUGGUGGCUGAUGAAAUGGGUCUAGGAAAGACAAUCCAGGCAAUUGCCAUCGCUUACUUCUAUAAGGAGGAAUGGCCUCUUUUAAUAGUGGUCCCUUCAUCUCUGAGGUAUCCUUGGACAGAAGAAAUAGAAAAAUGGAUCCCAGAGCUAGAUCCAGAAGAAAUCAGUGUUAUUCAGAAUAAAACUGAUGUUGGGAGAAUAUCGACCAGCAAAGUGACAGUUCUGGGGUACGGUCUCUUAACGACAGAUGCAGAGACUUUGAUAGAUGCACUGAACACUCAGAACUUCAGCGUAGUGAUAGUGGAUGAAUCACACUACAUGAAGUCCAGAAACGCAACUCGCAGCAAGGUUUUAUUGCCAAUAGUACAGAAAGCCAAACGAGCCAUUCUUCUGACGGGAACUCCCGCUUUGGGAAGGCCUGAAGAGCUUUUUAUGCAGAUUGAAGCUCUCUUUCCACAAAAAUUUGGAACAUGGACUGAAUAUGCCAAAAGAUACUGUAACGCACAUGUCAGAUAUUUUGGUAAAAGGUCUCAGUGGGAUUGUAGAGGGGCGUCAAAUCUUAAUGAACUUCAUCAGUUAUUAAGUGACAUAAUGAUUAGAAGGCUAAAGACUGACGUUUUAACCCAGCUGCCCCCUAAAAUCAGACAGCGUAUUCCUUUUGACCUUCCAUCAGCAGCAGCCAAGGAAUUGAAUGCCAGCUUUGAAGAGUGGGAAAAAUUAAUGAGAGCUCCAAAUUCCGUUGCCACUGAGACUGCUAUGGGGUUGAUUACUCGCAUGUUUAAACAGACUGCUAUUGCCAAGGCAGGUGCUGUAAAGGAUUAUAUUAAGAUGAUGCUUCAGAACGAUUCGCUUAAAUUUCUGGUUUUCGCUCACCACUUACUCAUGCUCCAGGCUUGCACAGAAGCAGUCAUAGAAAACAAGACUCGGUAUGUUAGGAUAGAUGGAAGUGUUCCGUCUUCAGAAAGAAUACAUCUGGUUAAUCAAUUUCAAAAGGAUCCUGAGACCCGUGUGGCUAUCCUAAGCAUUCAGGCUGCUGGUCAGGGUUUGACAUUUACUGCUGCCACUCACGUUGUAUUUGCUGAGUUGUACUGGGACCCUGGGCACAUAAAGCAAGCAGAAGACCGUGCUCACCGAAUUGGACAGUGCAGUUCUGUGAAUAUUCACUACCUCAUUGCAAAUGGGACUCUGGACACCCUCAUGUGGGGAAUGUUGAAUCGCAAGGCGCAGGUUACCGGGAGCACAUUGAACGGUAGGAAGGAGCGACUUCAGGCUGAGGAAGGGGAAAAGGAAAAAUGGGAUUUCCUGCAGUUUGCUGAAGCUUGGACUCCCAAUGAGAGUUCGGAGGAGCUCAGGGAUGAAGUUUUGUUCACUCAUUUUGAAAAAGAAAAACAGCACGAUAUCCGAUCCUUCUUUUUACCAAAACCUAAAAAAAGGAACUCGGUGACCUCCUGUGAUGACUCAAAGCUAUUCCACGAGAAAAAUACUGUAGUGCCACUAGGCCCUGGAAAAAUACCUACAAGAGAUACCACUGAUUUUGAAAACAGUUUUGAACCUGAAGCUAAAAGACAGAAGUCAGUCACCCCCGAUGACCGCGGCAGCCCCCCACAGGCGCAGCCGGCCUGGCCCCGGAAAACCACAACUCUAGCCCCGGCCACCGCCCCGGCCCCUCCCCACGGGGACUGGCAUUGUGGUUUCUGCACCUACAUCAACAACGCAUUGCUGCCUUACUGUGAAGUGUGUGGGAAUCCUCACGGCAGCGCUGAUAGCCUACAUUAUACCCUGGAUAAAAACAGAAAUGAGGAAGAUGAUUCUCAGAAAGACACGUCCAAAAAUGUUUGCACUGAUUCUGACUGUGAAAAACGAGUUCUUGUACAGACAGAACCAGAACCGUUGGCUGAGAGCAAGGAGGAAAUAUCAAAAAUCGAGAGAGAAGAUGGACUCACGCCCCAGGCAGGUGAUGAACGGUCGAAGCGCGCAGACCCUCAGCCAGUGUACAGCACCCUCAUGUUUCGUGCAAGUAGGAACACCGACCGGAUCCACCUCUACACCAAGGAUGGGAACCAGAUGAACUGCAAUUUCAUUCCUUUGGAUAUAAAAUUAGACCUCUGGGAAGAUUUACCAGCAAGCUUUGAGCUGAAACAAAAUCGCUCCCUGAUUUUGCGGUUUGUGCGCGAAUGGAGCAGCCUCACGGCCAUGAAGCAGAGGGUGGUCAGAAGGAGCGGGCAGCUGUUCUGCAGCCCAGCUCUGGCAUUCGAAGAGGCCACAAAGCAACAGACCAAACAAAACAGCACAAAAAGGUACAUAACUAAAGAAGAUGUUGCUGCAGCCUCGAUGGACAAAGUGAAGAAUGCGGGGGGCCAUGUCCGUCUGAUCACCAAGGAGGCUGGGCCGCAGGACACGUCUACAAAGGAGUGUCUUGACGAUGGAGCCUCUGUCCCAUCUCUGACUCCCUGCCUAGCGCAAGCUGGUCUCACUGUGAAGCCUCCUGCAUCCAAAGGCUACCUGCAAGCUGUGGAUAAUGAAGGGAAUCCACUUUGCCUCCGCUGUCAGCAGCCCACGGGCCAAACUAAGCAAGAGUGCAAAGCGAACGCUUGGGAUUCACGGUUUUGCUCUCUGAACUGUCAGGAGGAGUUUUGGAUUCGUUCUAAUAACAGUUACCUGCGAGCCAAAGUAUUUGAAAUUGAACAUGGUGUGUGUCAGCUGUGUAAUCUGAACGCACAAGAACUCUUUUUACGUCUGAGAGAUGCUCCUAAAAGUCAGCGCAAGAGUCUUCUGGAUGUUACCUGGACCUCAAAGCUCCCUCUAGAUCAGCUUAACGAAAUGGUCAGAGCCCCCGGGGAAGGGCACUUCUGGCAGGUGGACCACAUCCGGCCGGUGUUCGGAGGAGGAGGACAGUGCUCCCUGGACAACCUGCAGACUCUCUGCACAGUCUGUCACAGAGAGAGAACUGCCAGGCAAGCCAAGGAAAGAAGCCAGGUGAGGAGACAGUCUCUGGCGGCAAAGCGUGGAUCCGACAUCACGCGGUUCUUGGUGAAGAAAUGAAGUUUAACAAACUUGGAAUGGAUGGCAGAUGGCUUGCAUGUGGAGGAAUUUAACUCAUGUUUUUCAUGUUUGUCUAAUAUUUUAAGAGUGAAAUUUUUAAGAAAGUCAAGGCUUCAACUUCCCUUUUCAUAUUAAAUGCUUUUAGCGUUCAAUACCUUUUUAAAGUACCUAACAGAAAUCCUGAGGUGCAGCACUGUUUCUGUGACCUCGAUUUCAUGCAGACUCUCAAUUGUUUCUGUAAGGUUUUGUUAAGCUUCCAUUUCCUACUGCUAUCUUAAUCAUGGUGUUAUGCAUGGGUUGUACUUAAAAAAUAUAUUCUCAAUGACUUGCAAAAUGCUGCUGGAUUGGGAUUGUUUCAGGACUGCUGAGCGUAUAGCAUGGGGCAUGGCAAGACCAUAAGGGAAGUUUAGGGAGCAAAUCCUCAUUAUUCAGGAAUCCUGGGCAAAGCGUGACCAGCCUGCUUAAUAUGCAAGAGAGACUCGUGUUCACUAAAUCCUCCAAAAUGGGCUUGGGGUACACAUUUUGAGUGUUUUCUCUUUUAUUUCUUAGCCAGUUGUCUUUAUUAAAGUGAUGCUUUAAAAUAAAAACCAACUAAUUGGACCUAUAGUGUUUGUGGACAAAUCAGGGGUUCUGGGUAAAGUAAUUGUUAAAUAUGUUAAAAAACUGAAAACAUAAAAUAUUAAAUGCCACUUAUACUUCAAUUUUC